AUGCCGUUGGGCUCUCGCAGACCAGUCGUGGGCGCAGGAGGCUCAAGGCCAAAGCCUCAGGGGGAAAGUGCGCCUAACGGCCCUAUGAACAGCACCAACACCCACGCCAACAGGCGCCAACGUGGGAGGAGCACGAGGAGUGGUGAGCAGCGUGGUGAGGGCCGACAAGGUAAUCUUCUAAACCCUGGCUCGCCUGGCUCCCAUCCCGGCACCCAGCCCGGAAUUAAUCAGAGUCCCACCAAAACCUGCAAAAUUUCUAGACAUUUCGACCAGGAUAUGCCCGAGAGCAAGCACGACGAAAGCCACCCAAGCGACAGUCCUCAUCAGCACGACAAAUUCUUACGGCCUGCGAAUCCUCGUAGUCAAUCUCAAGAUUUUCUCGCAACCGGCAAACUGAAGUCCCCAAACCGGUCGACGUCGUACACGACACCCCUCCCGCUGUUCACCGAGGAGUCAAAGCCUAAAUCAGGCCAGGCGGCUCCCGCUCCGUUGACUGAGCAAAACCUACGGGCCCUCCUACGAUCCCUGAACGCUGCAGAUUCAAAGAGACAAGAGCCUGGGCGACGGAAGGGUGUGUCUGAAGCAGCAGAAGCACCAGAGGGAGAUCCCGAAACAAGCAUCAACAACAAACCUAAUCCUCCUCCCGCUGCCACUGCCGGUGUCACUCGCACCGCUGUCACCGCGGGCACAACAGGCUCAGGCCGUGCAGCCUUUGCCUCAGCCCCACCCGCAGUCACAGUCGCCCUCCCUUCUACUGGCCCAAAUCCAACAUCCAUGCGGAAGUCAAAAUCGCCCAAGAAGCAAGACAAAGACAAGGAAAAGAAGAAGUUUCGACACAACUCCGACCCAGACACCCAUCCGCUGAAUCUCCCUCCUGACCAACUCCGUCAACAUCUGGCUCAAAUGGCCAGGCAAGAGGCUGAGUCGGCCGGCAGAAUGUCGCUGGAUCGAGAAUUUCCAGAUACCAAUAAUCAUGAUUCCUCCAUGUCCAACGGCACCGCAGGCUCGUCGCAGCCAGCCACUCCUUCGAAAGAAAUGCCCGGCGCCUUCUCCGACCAGGCCAACAGUGAUGCCACAAGUAACGGCACCAACGGCCACCACGAUGAGCGAAGUCCCACGCCUCCUCCGCACCGAGUUCCUCCUGCACCUAAAGUCGACGCCGAGGCCUGCAAGGCCGCAGGGAAUAAAUUCUUCAAGGCCAAAGACUAUGAUCGGGCCAUCGCUGAGUACACCAAAGCGGUCGAUGCAGAGCCCUCGAACCCGACGUAUCUGUCAAACCGAGCCGCAGCCUACAUUUCCGCCAACAAAUACAGCCAGGCUCUUGGUGAUUCUCUCCAGGCCAGCCGGUUAGAUCCCAAAAACGAUAAGAUUUUACAUCGGCUUGCCCGAAUCUACACCUCCCUAGGGCGGCCGCAAGAUGCCUUGGAUACAUACGCGAAAAUCCCAAAUGCGUCAGCCACAGACUCUGCAUUGGCUCGAAAAGCCCUGCAGUCGAUUGAAAUGGCAGAGAAGCAAAUCGACGCAGAGGACGGAAAUGGUAACAUGGCUCUCUGGAGCAUUGAACAGGCACGUCAGACGUUAGGAUCAGGCACGCCCACGCCGAGGAGAUGGCAGCUUCUCAAGGCCAAGGCCAAUUUGAAGAUCGGGUCCGCAAAUGCUCUGGGGGAGGUUCAGGGUAUAGCGCAGAAUCUGAUGCGUGAGAACCCCAUGGACGCCGAAGCUAUUGUUCUCGCCGGUCGAGCAUUUUAUCUCAAGGACGACAAGCCGAGGCAAGGGAAGAGUGACUAUGAGCGUGCCGAAGACUACUUCCGACAAGCACUAGCACUAGAUCCUGACAACUCCGACGCGCGAAACUGGUUGCGAACAAUGAAGAAGCUAGACAGGGCCCGAACAUCAGCCAACGACAUGUUCAAGCGCGGCAAAUACUCCGACGCCGUCCCUGCCUACACAGAAGCCCUCACCAUCGACCCCACGAACAAGGUUACUAAUGCCAAACUUUUAGGAAAUCGUGCUCUCGCGCGAAUCAAAAUCAAGGAAUACGAUGAAGCCAAAGCCGACUGCGACCAAGCGCUCAAACUUGACCCGAGCUACACCAAGGCUCGCAGAACCCGGGCCAAAGCCACAGGAGAAAGCGGCGACUGGGAACAAGCCGUCAAGGAUCUGAAAUCAUUGUCCGAAGAAAAUCCCUCUGACGCCGAUCUGGCCAAAGAACUCCGUAACGCAGAACUUGAACUCAAGAAAUCCAAGCGAAAGGACUACUACAAGAUCCUAGGUGUGGAUAAGGACGCGGGCGACAAGGAGAUCGAAAGAGCUUAUAAGAAGAAAGCCGCCGUGUUACAUCCGGACAAGACGCAGGGCGAUAAGAAGAAGGAAGAAGAGUUCAAGGACUGCCUUGAGGCCAAGGAGACGUUGCUAGAUCCGCAGAAGAGGCAGAUUUAUGACUCGGGAGCAGAUUUGAUGGAGCCAGGAAUGGGCAUGGGUGGAUUCCCCGGGGGCAUGGGCGGCUUUCCUGGUGGUUUCGGAGGCAUGGGUGGAUACCCUGGAGGUGGCUUUGGUGGCAUGGGUGGUGGCGGUGGAGUGCAGAUUGAUCCGGAGAUGUUGUUCAACAUGAUGAACGGAAUGGGUGGUGGAGGGCCUGGUGGUGGUGGCUUUAGAUUCAGUUCCGGUGGGGGACGAGGGGGAUAUUCACCAUUUGGCUGA